GUUGCGCAAUCCCCCAGCAAGAUAAACAAGUUGGAACAGCUAUAAAACUGACGUAAAGGAGGGAGUGCUUUAAGAACCUUCCUAUAAAACGGGGACUGAAAACCGUCUGACACACACUUCAUAGGAUCAGAAGAGACUGGAGAACUCUAGUCAAGACAAAGACGCCAAGAUGUUGAAGAUUGCAUUGCUUUUAUGUCUUGUAGGUCUGGCAGCUUCCGCCAACUACUUCGGACGAGGAAUGAAAGCACAAAAACCGAUGAUGGAAAAAAGAUGUGCUGGAUAUCAUACAAAUAAACUAUUCGUGUGCCGUGAUGAGUACUUGCCAGGGGGAUCUUUUACACAAAAGGUUCCAAUAAAAGGAAAGGAUCAUCAUAAACAGACAGCUGGCUACAGAAUUGAAACCGUCUCGUACGAACCGAGUAAAAAACUGUACUUUGCUUACGCUGAAGACGAGACAUGUUACUGGCAGUGUGACAGUCAGGGGAUGGCCGUCCUCAGACCCUGCCCCACCGGGACUAUGUUCGAGGAGGAUAUGCAGACCUGUGGGGAUUACAGAGGGAUACCAGCAACAGCUGAAUAAUAUACGAAAGAUGAAGCACAACUGACAAAACAGAACCCACGCAGUAAAAUUCCUGGCAUCCCGUGGACAACAGAAACCAUUUAGUGUUAGCUGCCGUGGAUUAUUUGGACAGAUUAAGUCAUAGAAACGUUUACAAACGUUCACGGACACCUAAAAACCUGUCUUGGCUAAAAGUAAUGGCAUUUGCUUUUCAGAGAUAUCAUUAAUUUUCCUUCAGUACAUGAUUGCAAUAAUCUUAGUGUUGUUAAGUGUACCUGGUGCCAUUAUUAACAUUGUUGGUUGAAAUACAGUUAGUAAAACAUUCUUUGAAUUAUUAAGCUUCUCAUGAAAUGUUUGUGUGCACUAUGUCUUGGAAUAAAGCGUUGCUUCUGCAACUA